AUUGUUCCCUUGCUCUAGGAAGCUGAACCCUUCCGAAGUGGCUUACAUUAGUGAAGCUAGUCGGUAUCGGGAAAGUAUUCCUAACAACCGCGUUGUUUUGAUGUCCGUUUUGGUGUUGUGGCCCGUGCGCAGUCAAUUUCUUCCUACAUGGUGACUCGCAGCCGCCUCGGCUAGAUACAAAAUGGAACAUCACAAGGUCCAACUUGAUAACGUCUUGUGACCAUUCUCAUUGAGUGUAUGAAAGCAGACCUCUUCAUCAAGUCAGGUCAUGACUUACGCAUAGCAGCAAGUUUUUCUCAUUACUCUCAUCGUACUCUUAAUUGCUACAUGCUAAGAUGAAACCUAUAGCACGCACAUUUGUUGUAUCUGGUGGCUGCAGUGGACUUGGACUCGCCAGUGCCCUGGAUCUGCACCGUGCCGGUGCGUACAUCUCGUUACUUGAUUUAAAUGCAGAAAACGGCGAGAAAGUAGUCAGACAAUUAAAAGGCGAAAGAGUGAAAUUUUUCGAAACAGAUGUCAGCGACACGAUAAGUGUAAAAGCAGCGAUGGACCGGACUAUGGCAUGGGUGAAGGAUACAGGGAAGCCGUUAGCUGGGCUUAUCGCUGCUGCAGGCGUGGGUGCUGCUGCGAAGAUAUACGACGCGCGUUCCGGGAAACCUGUAGCCAUUGAACAAAUAGACUUUGUGCUUAAAGUUAACCUGCGUGGAACACUGGAUCUAGUACGCCUUUGCGUACCACAUAUGGUCAAGAACGAGCCCUUGACUGAAGAUGGAGAAAGAGGUGUAUUGAUUAUGAUAUCAUCAUCAGCAGCCUUUGACGGGCAGCCCGGGCAAGUAGCUUAUUCCGCGUCCAAGGGUGCAAUAGCGGCGCUCACUCUGCCACUCGCCCGAGAUCUUGCAAGACACGGUAUUCGCGCCGUAACCAUUGCACCAAGUUUGUUUGAUAGCGCAAUGACUCGAAUAAUGCCAGAGCGGGCGCGAAAGAGUUUGGAGCGAACAAUGGAAUUCCCAGUAAGGGCUGGCAAGCCGGAGGAGUUCUCGAGUCUUGUUAUGCACAUCAUCGAGAAUUCAAUGCUUAACGGCACGGUGUUAAGGCUGGACGGUGCCAUGCGUAUGCCGAGCAAAAUGUAACCUAGUAUUAAUGGUGUUCUGGCUCCAGCCAAAGACUGCUGGGUUCACUGCUGAGUUCAGUGCUGGGUUCAUUGCCGGAUUCAUCUCUUGCGUUCCCGAAUCCUGAAUUUGAGACCAUGCUUGUUGAUACCACCAACCAAAUUGCUCAUCUUUGCACGCUGC